AGAGGAUGUGGUCGACAAGUAGCCGGUGCUGUAGUGACGUUCAUAGGCUUUUAUGUUAUCGCUCUUCCAAUUUCGGUGACCCUGAUGUUUGGAACUCCUUUGGAACUUUCAGGGUACUACGUUGGUCUCAUCCUUGGAAUGAGUAUUGUCGUCUGCGUCUUCUGUUUCCUGAUUUGGUACAUCAACUGGGAAAAAGAGGUCGCGAAGGCAAGGAUAAGAACCGGCACGGAUCAGAUUGCUAUGGAGAUACUGGGUCCAGCCCCUGAGCUGACUCACAGCGAGAGAACGAACUCAAUCGUUUCCCGGCGAUCAAGCAUCAGGGGCCGCACGUGUUCAAUCUCGAGCGAAUGGUACGAGGACUACAUGGGAAACUACGGCAGCCAACACAACCUCAUCAGUGACCCCUCGGAGUCUACGCACAAGAAACUGGACAAGAAGACCAUUAAACUGAUCGCCACGCGCGUGUUAUUCGUCUUAUUUAUGGUGCUAACAUUUGUAAUUGGUUUAGUAUUCCGAAUAUCAGAGGCACCUGGGCAUGAUAGUGCAAAUAGUACGACAAUUUCUACAAUGGACACCUCAACCUUGGCUCCAUUCAUUAUUAAUUCGACGUCAACACUAUACAAUCUGUCAACAUCUUGGUCCAUGGACUCAACCACAUGAGAUGUCAACAUCAAGGAGAGAAAAUGAAUUUUACAUGUGGUUCCACACUUGAAGCUUUCCACUAGGAGCGCAGCUGUUUCCGUUGUAGCCGACUUUGUAGCACUGUUGUGAUAUUCUGCUGCUGUUUUUUAUGGCUACAAAGUUUAGAAAUGACAUGCACAAAC